UGGGAUUUUCUGGGUUCAACAGGUGUUCUAAGACAAGAAAAUAGGGAGAAAUCCCCAAGCUUUGCCGGAUUUCCGGCCGAAAAAUGGGUGGCGGUGGCUGGGGGGGUUCGUCGGCUGCAGAGGGUCGGGGGAGAGGAAGAGCAGGGCACGCGGGUCUGAUGGGGAGGGAAAGAAAGAAAGAAAAAGAAAAAGAAAAAGGAAAAGCAGUCAAUCCUUAUCCUAAUUCCUUUCUUUUAAGACUCAUGGUCUUGUAACUCCCAUUUGUAGGUUAAUGGUAGGAAUAAAUUGAGCAAUUAUUA